CCACGUCAUUCCUGACUCUCUCUGAUCGCCCCAGCACCGCACGCACACAGAGAGAGCCACACUGCCUGCAAUCAGCUCAUCAACACUCCACUUAGCAGCAGCAUUAUAAACCAGCACAGCACAUACAGUCUACGUGUCAAGGGCACCACACUGAGCAUAGCCUGCUAUUAUGCGUGUCUGUGGUUACAGCAGCUGCAACAUAGCGUGAGCUGAGGUUACAGAAUUGAAAGAUUUUUAUAUGAAUAGCAUAUACGUCGUGUUUGUAUUGGAGUUUCCAUAGCAUACUGUAUCUAGGUGUAUAUAUCUCAGGAGCGUAGCAUACUUUAAUCUGUGCAGUGUACACAUAAGUAGCAACAUAGCCCAUUCACCUGCAAAGAGUAAUAAUUCAGCAGGAUAAUAACGUAUGUGUGCGGUCGGAAUAGCACGCAUGUCUUGUAACGGCGUAGUCUAGAGCAUAUUAAACAGAACCAGCAUUGUCUAUAUUUUUUAUAUUCAAGAUAUGAGGCUCAACAUCCCCGUGACUUGUUGAUAGUUUUAUGCCGCUGUAUACAUCUGGACCAGCAUUUUGUAGAGGUCAAUCUCUCAGGAACAAGUGUAGCUUAUGUGUGUGUAUAACGCAUUACAUGUCUGCAUCAGUGCAGCCUAAUCCUCUGUGUAUGUUCGCUAUGAAGGCAGGGAUAGCCUGGCUGCUGCUGCUGCUAUAGGCGGGAGAGUGGCAACAGAGCAGGUUGAAGCAAAUGAGCCACAAGACCCAAGCGAAGAGGAACAUCCAUGCGCUCAUCUUCAUACCUUGACUGUGCAUGUGUCAUAUACAUUACAAUACAUUUACAUGGAGUAAACGCAGUAUUGUACCCUACUGUUUAUAAUACAUUUGCAUUGUACGAUUCAAACAAUUGGUCAAGCGGUAACUGUGUUCUGUAUUAAUGCCUUACCUCGAACCCUCAUCUGGGUCUAUGGCCCCCCUAGUGUCUUUCUAAGUCUCAACGUUGUUGUUACCUUGGCAUCGCGUUCGCGAUUGUCAUAGAUUUGUACAUCUUGUGACAAAACCCCCGUUCGUACCACAAUUGCCUACAUACACACCGUGGGUAUACAACAGUGUACGGUAGUAGUGUGGUAGCAGCACGCUCUAUAAAUAGAGGUGGAGCUAUGGCAGAAGGAAGCAGUGGAGGAGGAGCAGGAGCAGGGUACAACUCAAGCACAGAAGCUACUACCGCUGCUGCUGCGAUUGAUGAUCCCCCGAAUAUGAUCGUUUACCACAAGAUGGAAGAGAUCGUGACGCGGAUGCAGGACGAUAAGUCCGGUGUCCCCAUCCGAACGGUCAAAAGCUUCCUCUCCAAAAUCCCCAGCGUCUUCACCGGUGCAGACAUUGUGCAGUGGCUCACAAAGAACCUGAUUAUUGAUGAUCAAGAGGCGCUGCACGUGGGCACCCUGAUGGCGGCCCACGGCUACUUCUUCCCCAUCUCCGACCACGUGCUCAUGCUCAAGGACGACGGCACGUUCUACCGCUUCCAGACACCCUUCUUUUGGCCUUCAAACUGCUGGGAUCCAGAGAACACAGACUAUGCCGUGUAUUUGUGCAAACGAACCAUGCAAAACAAAGCUCGUCUCGAGCUCGCCGAUUACGAAGCGGAGAGCCUGGCUAGACUCCAGCGAGCGUUUGCCAGAAAAUGGGAAUUCAUCUUCAUGCAGGCCGAAGCGCAGGCUAAAGUCGACAAAAAACGGGACAAGAUUGAGAGGAAGAUUCUGGACAGCCAAGAGCGUGCGUUUUGGGACGUUCAUAGACCAGUGCCUGGCUGUGUGAACACGACGGAGAUGGACAUCAAGAAAUCGUGCCGCAUGAAGGACCCACACAAAACCAGAAAGUCGGUCUACGGUCUCCAAGGCGACUCGCACUCCCAGAGUCCCACGCACGCUCUACCUGUCGACGCCAAGCCCCCCACGGAGGACGAGCUGAGGACCCAGAUCAUCUUUCUCAGGGGACAACUCGACCGACACUGCAUGAAGAUGUCAAAGGUUGCAGAGAGCCUCAUCAGCUACAGGGAGCAGUACACGGAGUACGAUCCCUUCCUGACCACGCCUGAGCCCUCCAACCCGUGGAUCACGGACGACACCACGCUGUGGGAGGUGGAGGCGAGCAAAGAGCCGAGUCAGCAGAGAGUGAAGAGGUGGGGCUUCGGCAUCGACGAGGCUCUCAAAGACUCGGUGGGCCGGGACCAGUUCCUGCGGUUCCUCGAGUCCGAGUUCAGCUCCGAAAAUCUGAGAUUCUGGCUGGCGGUGCAGGACCUCAAGUGCCGGCCCAUGCGGGAGGUCCCCGAACGCGUGCAGGAGAUCUGGCGCGAGUUCCUGGCGUCGGGGGCGCCCAGCGCCAUCAACCUCGACUCGAAGAGCUACGACAAGACGCUGCAGAACGUCAAGGAACCCGGCCGCUACACCUUCGAGGACGCGCAGGAGCACAUAUACAAGCUGAUGAAGAGUGACAGUUUCGCACGGUUCCUUCGCUCCAGCGCUUACCAGGAGCUUCUGCAAGCCAAGAAGAAGGGGAAAUCCUUGACCUCCAAGAGACUCACCAGCCUGGUGCAGUCGUCCUGAUUGAAAACAAUGUAGCCGGGAGAGUCGCCGUGCUCCAAACGCCUCCAACACCGUCCAGUCAUCUCAAGAAGCACCAGCCUCUCAACACGAGCGGUCGAAGACUGACUUAUAAAAACUUUUCACGUAUUUAUAAUCACGGUGUCCGAUUUCUGUGAGAAUGGUCGGUAUAGAAAUGUGGACAUCGUUGAGCUCUUGGGACCAGGUUUUGCAAGACCAAGUUUUCUGCACUAACGGGGGGGGGGGGGGGGUUAACAGAGCACGUGGAGCCCUUGAAGAGACUGACUCUUAAUACGCAAAUUCCAUUCCACUUAAACGUACCCUGGUCUAUACGUCAAUGUCAAGCAAUUAUUUAAAGCCUUUACCAGAAGCUCUCGACUUGAUGGUAAACGAGCGGAUGUGCAGCAUGUACCAGUGAACAGGCACGCCUAAAUGUGCCGAAUGUUGGAAGAUCCAUUGUGGAGAGUUUGUCAGAUUCAGUUGCUUGAUGAAUGAGUUCGGCGGCAGUGAGUUUGCAAAUGAAAGUCAUUUUCUCAUUGUCAGCUGUUCGGGUUUCGUAUCUGCCGGAUGUUGACGAAUUCCCAGUCGAUAUUGGUGGGGUUCAAUGCCAUAGUCCCGUCUAACAAGUGGGCAGUGGAGAAAACCUGGAUUAACAAGCCCUGCUCUGCAAUCAUUAGGUUUUUAUUUUAUUUGUAUUUUCAAGGUAAAGAUACUUUACCGAAAGAACCAAGAAUAUGAAUAGGGAUACAAGCGCCCACUACGUACGGUUUAGAGUGACGAAUGGCAACAGUCGGCUGUGGUAUAUUCCAGCGGUCGACUUGGAUGCAACACACGUCAUCCAUUCUUCCCAUGUACGCAUAUAGAGUACAUCAGAAGUGACCUCCUUUGCGAAACAUUCCGAGACCUCUCCCUGGAAAGGUCACCUCAGAGAGAGUACAGAACCACGUCACGUGAUGCAACCACAACGAACGUUCGAGUGUGCGCCAUUCGUCUGGGAGGAAACGCGCAGCCCUGACGCUCGGUCAAGGCACCCCCCUCGACGUCUUUGUUUUCGUGUCUGUAACGAGGAUGCUGUUGUGCAUCAUGUCACCGGCCACCCACAGAGCCAUUGGCCUGGCAGUCCCCAGGGGCUGGAGACCACAGCCAGCUGGACAUCACCUCGCUCUCUUUAAAUCUUCAACAGCAGUGUGUUUUUCACAUUUGUAUUUCAGUGGCAAUAUUUAAACAAGUAAACACUUCUCACUGUUGCAAAAUGGAAAUGGGACGUGUAUAUGCCAAUGCCGCAAAUGCAAGCAGUUGGCUCCAAAUGUUAUGAAUCCAUGUCUGGCUUUUGCAGUUGCUGCAUUUAGCGCCGAGCCAGGCAGCAGCAGCAGCAGCAGCGUCCUCGGACCUGCCGCUCGGCUUGGUUAGCGGACGUGGUCUUCAGACAACGUGUGUCGCGCUCUGUCUUGCACCACAGCUCAAGGUCGGUUCGUAACGUCAGACCCACAGGGGGCCUUGGCUUGAUCACAGCCUGUUGAGCAGGGCUUAGUUUAUCCAGUCAUUCAGCACCGAUUUCCUGCUAAUCGUCAACGCUCUGUGUUGAUUGCAUUCACACAGCAGCCAGAGCAAGAUCAUCUUCCUACUCUUUGGUUCUUUCGGUAAAGUCACGUAGGUAUAAAAUAAAAUAAAUCAUCUUCCUACCUAUACUUACACAGCUCGUCGCUGAACAACUGCCAGCACGAUAUCACAGAGCUAGUUUUUUUUUAAAAAGGUGUUAAAUUGUACAAUGUACAUUUUUAAUAUUCGCACUGUAUCGUUGGUCGGUGGAUAAAAUUAGUAAAGUGUAUAAAUUGAAAAUAUUUAUUUGAGAUGUUUCUGCUGUUGAGGUUUUUACACGAGCUUUUAAAGCGGUGAGACAAUGAAUGAGCGAAUGUUUGGGAAAUGUUCUGUAGUCGAAGGCUAUGCAACAAGAAAUUGUGCAUGUUUUGUUGCUACUGCUUGUUUUAACACUAAAAUGAGUGAACCUUACAACAUGGCACAUAGGAGGAAUACCAUGUAAACACAGACCUCACCCUCAUCACCAUCUGUACAUUAAAUAUUUACAAAGUCGCUGCUUUUUAUGUCAACUGUGGGUGUUGACUUAGUGCAAGCUAGCCCGGAUCGGCUCCCAUUGGUCGUGUAGGCAAGCGCAGAUCUGCUGCCCGUUGUUAGUUGAGAAAACCCCCACUUGAAGUGACUUCAGCAGUGGUUCUGUGGUGUUCUCUUCUUGGGCCAUUCCCAAAUGUGAUGCGGUGCUCUGUUGGCUGUGAGAAUUACAUAAAUAGGUUUAUUCACCUCAUGACAUAACAUCCAUGGGCCGAUUGGAAUAAAGUCCGUCAUAAAAUAUAAGAUGAUGUAUCUACCAACGGGCACCAAUUAGCAAACUCCUGCACCAUGUAGAUAUGACAAUCUGUGCAGAGGUGAUGCGCAAAGGGGGUUGAAAGCCUGUGUAAAGUGAGGAGGGCACAUUACGUGAAAGUGAAAGAGGAAAUAGACGCGAGAAAAAAACUUUGUAAGUCAUGCUCAGGGCAAAUGGAAAUCCGCAUCAGCACUGACUCCACAGAUAACAAAUGGAUCGUCGCUGUAAUAAACCGCUGUUAAAAUGAAACACGCAGUGAAAAGAGCGCACGCGAGGCUGCUGUUCCAAACAGCCACUCGCAUGUGCUGCCAUGGUGUUGUGCUGCCACGGUGUUGUCCUGCCACGGUGAUGUGCUGCCAUGGUGUUGUGCUGCCACGGUGAUGUGCUGCCUGCGUGCCAUGAGCCUCAGUCCAGAUCGCCCCCAUUGACUGCAGUGUGCAGGUCAUUCUAGUGCACAUUCGUGAAGCGUCGUGUCUCCUGCUGGGAUCCAUGCCUUCAAGAUACCAGGAUAGUCCCGUUUGCAAGAGUGACCUGAGGCAUUUGUCCACCAGUAGGGGGCGAUGAUUAGUAUGUAUAAUCCCAAAUUGAGUAUUUUGUGGGAUUUUUUUUAUAAUUUGGCAAAUUUGGACCGUGAUACCGGCACGCAAUGGCCUACUCUUGCAAAUUACAUCAUUUGAUCUUUAACAUAUACUCUGAUUAUGGUUGUUACAACCACAGUAAUAACCAGGGCAGCCGCUAGAUUCGAAUGGUGAACCUCUGCAACAAGCGGCGAAUGAGUUGCCGUGAGGCCAUGUUCACUGCCUUGUGGUUGAGGGGGCCUGGUUAGUGAGGCGCGGUUCACUUACGUGACCAUUUGACGUCUCUCGUGAAUGCUCAAACGUGACUGUACCGACACUAAUAAUUAGAAAUAAGAAAACCUUACGUGCAAGUAAUAAUCCCUUUGAAGCUAUGUAUUACUUGAUUUUCUGAGACACAUCCUCUGAUGCGUUAUUCUUCGUAGUGUCAUUAAUUUUGAAGCAGGAGGCCUUACUUUUUAAUUAUUUAUCAGUGGACUGAUGCACGCGAAUGUACAGCGUUGAAUCGGCAACCGUAGAUAAAGAACACAAAUUCCCACAUUCUGUAGUUGAUGGAACAUUGUCGAAAGUCACGGCCACCACCACCCACACGUAGUCUCUCCCCCACCUCUUAUUCCACCGUAAUUGCUAACACUGCUCCUGCAUUCAUAUUACAGUGCUAUAUUGAAUGUGUGGUGAAUUUUCUAGGUCUCAAAUCCUAUGUAAAUAAAUAAUGUUAUGAAACAACGUAGACAUCAUGUAGAAGAUGUACUUAAUCAAUUAUUUAUAUGUUCUUCCACUACCUUUUUGGUAAUUUAUGACAAAGUCAAUAGUCUUGUCAACAUUCUCCCCGCUCCAGUGAGCUUAGGACAUUCAUCAUCUCUCUCAGCAGCCUUGAGCCAAUGUCAGAUAUUGUAUAUUUAUUGCCAAAGCAGGAUCCAGUCUCUGCAUGGGCAUGUACCAAUUGUGCUACUGGAGUCAGAUCAGGGCUGCCACUUCUGAGGCACAAAAACAGAAUUUAAAAGUCAAAGUUAUUUCUUGCCCUGAAUGUCCACUGUUUACUUCCCUACGCCAGUGAUUGAAAUUCAACAUUCCUAUGGUGGGGGCGAGUCUAUCCACUGUACAACCACUGUUGACUUCCUUACAAAGUGGUACUUAUUUAAAUUACUUCAGAGGAAUGAUGAGCUGAGGUACAAAAACUGGGGGAUAUCACGAUGAAUUGAAGCACCUUUAAUGGCCAUAGGGAUAACGUGAUCCUAGUAUAUUUAUGAUCACGCACCUCGAGACAAAUAUUAAUCAAGGAAUUGAAGCGUAAUUCCAUCCUUCCAGGUGAUUUCUUCUCUAUCUCUCUUACCAAGAUACCAAAGGGCACUCCAUCUCGUACUCCCUUCAAUUAAGAGUCUUCAUUCAAUAUAAGGACCUCAGUCAGAUAUAUGUGCGAAUCAGCAGUUUGUUCAGCGACUGUUAUAACCAGGUUGAAGAUAUCACCUCACUACUCUUGAAAAAAUGGUUUAAUCACCGUUGGCUGCUCGAUUCGAACCCAGGAUCUCGGCAGUGUUGAUUCUGUGCUCUUACCCAAGAAGGGGUUCAUUGGCUUUCUCGUUGUGAAUAUUAUUUUGUUUGUUUUCCAUUAAUUAACUAAAGCACCUGUAUUUGUGUAAGGGAGGAAGCUUGUUUUAGAAGGGCGGUCUCACAUGAUGCUGUGUCUUCGGCUUGGUUUUUGCAGAGUACUUUGACCCAUGGAUGAGAAUGCAAAAGAGUGUGUAACAAAGCACUUGAUAGCAGACACAAGGUUGAGACAUUCUAUCAUGUGACAACGUGGAAACUACUCCCAAUUAUUGAGCGGCACUAUAUUCAAUCAAUAGAUGCCUUUUUAUGGAGGUUUCCCCCAAGCUACGGUAUCAAUUCCUCACACUUCAUUAUUAUUAUUAUUUAAAUACCCUGCGUAAAAGUACCGAAUAUACCAUGCUCAAUGUGAUCAUAUGUACAUCUAUAUGCCUACACUCGUAUAUGAGAACCACAGUACUGUAGUGUUAUGUAUGUGCAGAGGAUAAAUGUAUUCAGCCUAUAUGAUGUGGUAUGUUAUCAUACACUUGGCAAAUGCAAUACUGCCUUGUGACAGUUUGACUCCAAAGGGUCAUUGGCACAGAAGCACACGUGUAACUGUAUAUCUGUAUGUGUAAACACAAUGUAUAGUUUGAUGGGGCAAUAAAAGGCAACACUUCAGUGAAUAAAGCUGAAGUCACUCAGC